CACCGGCUGGGAUUACAUCCUCCUAGCCCGUCGCAGGACCGGAAGUGGUUUCGGCCCUAGUGAAUCCGGGUGGGUGCGCGCAGGUGGCGGUGGAGGGUUCCAGCUCUUCAGCUUGAGGUGCCGCAGGUGUUCGGAUUGGGUCCCAGUCGCAGAUUACGGGAUUACUGAUAUGCUUUCCUAAACCAUAAAACAGUUGAAGAUGUCUAGGUACUUAACGGCUUUGACAGUGACCACCCUCGUCGGUGUGGCCGUGGGGGGGUUUGUCCUGUGGAGGGGCAUCCAGCGCCGCAGGAGGAGCAAAGCAAGCCUUGACUCCUGGCAGCAGCAAGCCCCGGGAGGGAGGACGCAGCACCCCCCAGCCGAAGACCAUCUGUGCUCUGGUGCCCCCGGAGCCUCAUGGGAGAGGAGGAUCCUCGAAGCCAAGGUGGUGACUGUGUCUCAGGCAGCAGAAUGGGACCACAUCGAGCCCUUGCUUCGGAGUGAGUUAGAAGAUUUCCCAGUACUUGGAAUUGACUGUGAGUGGGUGAAUUCGGAAGGCAAAGCCAGUCCCCUGUCACUCCUUCAAAUGGCCUCCUCCAGUGGCUUCUGCGUCUUGGUCCGCUUGCCAAAGCUGAUCCAUGGAGGAAAAACGCUACCAAAAACACUGUUGGACAUUUUGGCAGAUGGCACUGUUUUAAAAGUUGGAGUAGGGUGUUUAGAAGACGCCAGCAAGCUGCUGCAGGACUACGGCCUUGCUGUCAAGGGGUGCGUGGACCUCCGGCACCUAGCGAUGAGGCAGAGAAACAAUUUGAUCUGUAAUGGGCUCAGCCUGAAAUCACUUGCCGAGACGGUUUUGAACUUUCCACUUGACAAGUCCCUUCUGCUUCGCUGCAGCAACUGGGACGCUGAGAAUCUUGCAGAGGACCAGGUAAUUUAUGCUGCCAGGGAUGCCCAGAUUUCAGUGGCUCUCUUUCUCCAUCUUCUUGGAUACCGUUUCUCUAGGAAUUCAACUCUAGAUGAGAACGAUGACCAGGCGGGCUGGAGGAAAGUCUUGGAGAAAUGCCAGGAUGUGGUAGACACCCCGUUCCGAAGCAAAGGAGUUAGCCGAUUGGGGGAAGAAGCUAAUGGGGAAGCAGCAGAAGCCCAGCAGAAGCCAAAAAACAAGAAGUCUAAGAUGGAUGGAGUGAUGCCAGCCAACCACCAAGGGAGAGACCCCAGGAAGCACAAAAGAAAGCCCCUGGGGGUGGGCUACUCGGCCAGAAAAUCACCCCUCUAUGAUAACUGCUUCCUCCAUGCUCCUGACGGACAGCCACUCUGCACUUGUGACCGAAGGAAAGCUCAGUGGUACUUGGACAAAGGCAUCGGAGAGCUGGUGAGUGAGGAGCCUUUUGUGGUCAAGCUACAGUUCGAACCUGCAGGAAGACCCGAAUCUCCAGGGGACUAUUACUUGAUGGUGAAAGAGAACGUGUGUGUAGUAUGUGGCAAGAAAGACUCGUACAUUCGGAAGAACGUGAUUCCACAUGAGUACCGGAAGCACUUCCCCAUUGAGAUGAAGGACCACAACUCCCACGAUGUGCUGCUGCUCUGUACCUCCUGCCACGCAGUCUCUAACUACUACGACAACCACCUGAAGCAGCAGCUGGCCAGGGAGUUCCAGGCCCCGAUCGGCUCCGAGGAGGGUCUGCGCCUGCUGGAAGACCCUGAGCGCCGGCAGGUACGUUCUGGGGCCAGGGCCCUGCUCAACGCGGAGAGCCUGCCUGCCCAUCGGAAGGAGGAGCUGCUGCAAGCCCUCAGAGAGUUUUACGACACAGACACGGUCACAGAUGAGAUGCUUCAAGAGGCUGCCAGCCUGGAGACCAGAUCGGUGGGACCUGAGACCAGUGGAUUCAUGUUUGCCGUCUCACCUGGACUCAGGGAUUUCCAACGAAAGCUACGUUCCUCACGGGCUGAAGGUGGUGCAGUGCCACAGCCAGGGCGGGCUGCGCUCCCUCAUGCAGCUGGAGAGCCGCUGGCGUCAGCAUUUCCUGGACUCCAUGCAGCCCAGGCACCUGCCCCAGCAGUGGUCUGUGGACCACAACCAUCAGAAGCUGCUCCGGAAGUACGGGGAAGACCUGCCCAUCAAGCUGUCGUGAGAGCCACACUUCCUCGCAGCUCAGGACAGCUGGGACGCUGAGCCCAGGUGGGAAAGUCCCCUCUCCCCCGAUUGUCAGAGCCUCGUGGCACAACUCGGAAUUGUAACCCACACUGGUCCUAGGAUGCCUCCGGUGGGGCAAGGCUGUGGCUUCAAGGGGAGCUUCUGGGUUUGAGUCUUAGUUGGGCAGGGUGAGAGUUCAUUUUCCCUCCCUUUUAUUUUAUUUUUGGUGGACGAAAGGGCCUUGGCCUUUAUUUUACUUUCCUUCUUUUGCUUCCCUUGUACAGACACAGCAAAUGAAGGAUUCUUCCCUGAAGUGACUUGUCGAGUUGCUCAGGUUUUUAAUACAUCUCUUCCCUGUGCAGUAGGUUGGUUUUUCUCUAACAGGGGUGGUUAAGUAUUUUAAUCCCACCGGGUUAGGAGGAGAGAGAACAUUCUUCCAGAGGCUAGAGAGGUGAAUGAGUCAGAUUCAUUUUUCCAGUUCAGGCUCAUCUUCAUUAUAAAUUCCUUGGCUUAAUGCUCUCCCACAGCUCACCUGGUUGAGAUCCAUCACCUCUAGGUCACUUCAGUUCCUUUCCAUACUUGAGAAUGUUCCCCCUUUCCACGUCCAGGACCAAAGCAGCGACUUCCUGCCAUAUGCUUUCACCCGAACACUGGGAAAUCCUUUUCUGGAAGUGGGCCUUGAAGCUGGCUGGGGAAGAGAGAAGCAUGAGCAGCCAGCUCUCAAGAGAACCCUGAUACCUGCUCAGCUUUCCCUUUCAUGCUGUUUGUUGUCUGUUUGUUGCAGUCCUGUCCAGAAGUGCAACGUUUUUAGCUUAAUCCCUUUCUGAGAGGAAGAUUAUCUUCCGUCAGAAUCAGUAUCCGGCCCCCCUCUGUGUUCCGUGUUCCAUCAGAUUUGUAACACUGACCUCUUUUAAGCGCUUCAUUCUCUCCUGCAGUCCUUCGGUCAGGCUGCCUUGUGCAGCUUUGUCCACCGCCCCUCAUGCCUGGACCUCGUUAAUAUAUUCAGAUCAGAUGUUCAAACCGGUGGCAUUUUAUCUUUUUAUAUGAGGCCGCCACUUUGAGCAUGAAAUCAAGUUUUAGUAGUGAUUAGUAUUUUUUCUAACGUUUUAGGAACACUUUUAUACCUUACGAGACCUUAGAAACUUGAAAAAGAAUUUUAUGGCCAGAAUCCAACAGGAGCUGUUUUGAAAUUGUGCCCGAGUUGGUGAUGGUUGUUCUAUCACUGAUAAAUAAAACUUCUUCUAAGCACAAAGCUCACUGAAUGUAAA